UUUUGGGCCACGGUAUCUUGCGUGACAUGGACUGAUAUUAUUUGUCAAAGACUUCAAUUGUCAAAAUUGUCAACAACACACCAAAUACUAAACAGAGUUCUGACAGAAUGUCGGACUCGAAGCCACACCAGUCUCAGUACCGAGGCUGGCUCUACAAGUGGACGAAUUACCUGAAAGGUUACCAGAAGAGAUGGUUCGUUUUGCAGAAUGGACUUUUGUCAUAUUACAGGAACCAGGCUGAGAUGGCACACACCUGCCGUGGCACCAUUAACCUGGCCAAUGCCUUCAUACACACGGAGGACUCGUGCACCUUCGUCAUCUCCAACGGGGGAGCCCAGAGCUUCUACUUGAAGGCGACGUCGGAGGUAGAGAGACAGAAGUGGGUGACAGCGCUUGAGUUGGCAAAGGCCGAAGCCAUCAGGAUGCUGGAAGCAGAGAGUGACGAAGAGGAAGCGCAUCAGCCUGACAAGUUCGAGCUGCAGAACACGUUGCGGACGCUGAAUGCCAAACUAGAGGACCUCAACACGUGCAAUGACCUCAUUGCCAAACACGGGGCAGCCCUGCAGAAGACGCUUUCAGAACUGGAGCAGAUGGACAGCAUGACAGACGUGGCCAGCAAGCUGAAGGCCGUGAAUGAAAGAGCAACUCUCUUCAGGAUAACAUCGAAUGCCAUGAUAAAUGCUUGUUCCGAGUACUAUGAGUUCGCCCAGGUGCACGGCAAGAGGUGGCAGCGUGUGCUGCAGUUCGAGCACGACCAGCGCCUGAAGCUGGAGGAGAUGGUGGAGCAGCUGGCCAAGGACCAGGUGUCCCUGGAAAACAAGGCACGCAAGUCACUGCAGAACGUCAAAAAGGACAACCCAGGCUCCAACCCAUCUGAUGAUGAAGAUUUCUUUGAUGCCCUCGACCACCAGGUGGAGGAGUUCGAAGUGGCGCUGCCUCAUAAACCCGAGAAAAGACACAGACGCACCGACAGUGACUUCAGUAUGGAGAGCUACAACAACGACAUGUCCAGCGAGUCCGAGUCCGAGACCUUGUCCCAGGAGGCCAGGGUCUACACAACCAAAACAGACUCGCCCAAAAAGAUGGACUCAGUUUCUAUCGUGAAGGGGGAACACAGGCGAACUGCAAGCCACGACAAAUCCCGAACACGAACAUCAUCCGUAUCUUAUGAUUCCCAGAAUCCUUCAUCUGCUUCCGAGUCGUCAGGCGAUGUGGUGUCAAAACGUGUUCGGCGACACAGGAUCCCGGACAAACCCAACUUCAGCCUAAACUUAUGGAGCAUAAUGAAGAACUGCAUUGGUCGAGAGCUGUCCAAGAUCCCCAUGCCUGUCAACUUCAGCGAACCCCUGUCCAUGUUGCAAAGACUAACGGAGGAGUUUGAGUACACGCACUGUCUGGAUAUGGCUGCGCGGUGCGAGGACUCUGCUGAACAGCUGGCCUGGGUGGCCGCGUUCACGAUAUCGGCGUACGCCACCACUCUCAGUCGGACAGGCAAGCCCUUCAACCCUCUCUUAGGGGAGACCUAUGAGUGUGACAGGAUGGACGACCUGGGAUGGAGGUCCAUUGCAGAGCAGGUGUCCCACCACCCGCCCACACUGGCUGUGUAUGGUGAGGGGAAGGAAUGGAACUUGUGGCAGGAGUUCACCAUGACCAGCAAGUUCCGCGGCAAAUACCUGCAGAUUAUACCCAUGGGCAUUGCCCACCUGGUGUUUCCCAAGAGCGGCAACCACUACACGUGGCGCAAGGUGACGACGACGGUGCACAACAUCAUUGUUGGGAAGCUGUGGGUGGACAGCCAUGGGGAGAUGGACAUCACCAACCAUCAGAAUGGGGACAAGUGUCAUCUCAAGUACUCUGCUUACAGCUACUUCUCCAGGGAUAUACCCCGGAAGGUUUCGGGUGUGGUGACGGACGCGUCUGGCAAGCCAAAGUGGGUGAUGACAGGGACAUGGGAUGUCCAGAUGGAGGGGGCCAAGGUGCUGCAUGUAGAGGAGUCCAACAAGGGCAAGCCGGUGUUCGAAACAGGCCCACAUAAAGUCAUGUGGAAGGUUAACAAACCGAUAGUGGGAUGUGAGAGGAUCUACCACUUCACACAGCUUGCUAUUGAGAUGAAUGAACCGGAGGAAGACGUUGCUCCGACAGACUCGCGGAACCGACCGGACCAGCGGCACAUGGAGAAUGGCAAGUGGGACGAGGCAAACCGAGUGAAGAUCCUGUUGGAAGAGAAACAGAGGGCGUCCCGGAAAAAGAGGGACAGUGAAGCAGAGAAGGCCAAGGUUGAGGGUAUGGAAUCUAAGGUGUACGAGCCCAAGUGGUUCCGGAAGGAGCUGGACAGCACGACCGGGAGUCUGAUUCACACAUACACAGGGGAGUACUGGAAGUGCAAGGCAGAGCAAGCCUGGGACAGGUGCCCUGAUAUAUUCUUGUGAUAGUCACCCACCCGGGGGACGUAACUCUGACUUGCGAAUUUGAGCAACUGGGAGAUAGUGAUUGUUCUUCCAAUAAUGAGGAUAUCAGCCAUUGAAUCAUGUAGCCAAGGGUCACGUAAGGGGUGAUGUAGACGUCGACGUCGACACAGUCUGCAGCCACUCCACAGACGACGGCGUGAUCACAGUCUGCUGCAACAGGGAGCUCUGUGAUAGGUUGGCCCCUGUGAUGUCACUGCCUUCAUAACAAGCCAUUGUGGAUGUUGAUACCUUGUGAAGUGUCUAGCUCCAGCGUUCUUCAUACAAGUUCCAUAACUUAUAUGGAGACAAGAGAAUGAUACAAGAAUUGUAUUCUGAUAAUGUUUGAGCAGGUUCAACCGUAGUUAUCUCAGAGUUUAGCUGACUGAUUAUCUUGUAUUGCAUGGUUAUACCACUAUAGAUUGGUAAGAAGUUUACUCCAUGUAAAAGUAAUGAAUUGAUAAAAUUCAGAAAAUGUUAAAACAGAUGAAAAGAGUUGACAGCCAAUAAAAAGGAGACUAUUUCAUGAGACAGGAGAAAUAAGUGAGUUACCGUAUUCGACGUUAUAAGCGCCCGCUGUAAUAAGCGCCCAAGGCGAUAUUUGCUUAUAUAUUGGCUAGUGAACAAUCCCAAUUAUCACCCCUUCCGAUUAAUCAGUGUACACAGGACAUAUUUAUUUGUGUAAAAUAUGUGUGUUAUUUGCAUCCUUAAUUAUGGGCAAUUAAAUUCUGGAAAAAUAUAUCUGUUGUAUAUAAACAUUUCAGGCUGUCUGCAUAAAUUUACGAUCUUUCAACUCUGUUGCUUUUCACCAAAAUAUUCUAAUUCGAGCCCCCUAUUUCUAAUUUUGAGGGCGCCCUGGGUGCUUGUUAUGUUGAAUACGGUAAUUACAGACCUUCCCUUACUGCCUAGGAUAGCCUAGUGGUUAAAGCAGUCACUUGUCAUACCGAAGACUAGGUUUGAUUCUCCACAUGGUUACACUAUGAAGGGUAUGCCUCUGUCAUGAUAUGGAUGGAAUAUUGCUAAGAGCUUUAUAAGACCAUAUUUUAUUCACAAGCAGUAUAUAUAAAGGGUUGACUUGAAUUUAUACAGUAUAUACAUCAGAUUCAUGCCAAACUGAACUGACAUUGUAUGAGAGAGAGAAUGUAAUGAAGUUUGUACCCCUCUUCCUGAAAUUGGGAGAAUUAAGAGGAAAUGUCAGUUCCUUGAAUGCAUCAGUUGUGAUGCUCCCUGUCCGUGGAAAGCCCUAGUGGGCACAAAGACAGUCUCAAUGGGUAGACAGGCUUGACGUAUGGAGUAAGACUACUUUAUUGUUUCUGUGUGAUGUUUUGGUACCAAUGCCCACAUGGGUACAAUGUGUGAUGCCCAUUUCUGGUGUCCCCCGCCAUGAAAUUGCUGGAAUAAAACCAUACCCAUUCAGUACCAAUGUUAAUACCUUCAAAUUGCUUGAUAAAGGUAUUAGCAUAUAUACUGAAAUGGUACUAAAGCAUUUAAAAUGACACUUUUGAGAGCUUUCUAAAAACAUUUUCACAGAUCCGUAAAACCUGGGGUUUCUAGUUGAAUUUAGGUGGGUACUGGUACCCUUCAAAUACUUUUAUUAAAGUUUUUAGAUUUACUUACUUUGCCAUCUAUACACUAAUGCUUGUGUAAGUACAAUACCAACAGAAGUACAGUAUUCAAAAGCUGUAAUAUAAGUACUGCAUAAGUAUAUAUACUAUUACUAUCUUCUUUUGACAGGGUUAAUCAGAUAUGUCAUUCUGUUUAAAUACACACUUGACAUGAGAAUCGGUUGUGUGUCAUGAAAAGAUAGAAAAUAUCCCUAUGAAAAAUGGAAUAGUGAUACAUGUAUAAGUAAAGAGUAAAGUACAACAGGAUUUCAAUAUAAGAACAGGUUUGGUACAUACGAGUAUGUAUGUGAGCUCCAGUUAAGGAUUUUAAUGGAUGACAUUUUAUGUUCAAGUUUUGUCUGGUACUAUUUAUAUAUGGCUUCAGUACAGACAACAAGGUGGAAAUAUUCAGCACAGGUGUGAAAACAGACAAACCUUUAGGCUUAAAAAAAUAAAAGAAUUGGUUCUCAGGUAAUGACUUUUGAAAAUAUAGUGCAGGCAGGUGGUCGAUUUUUUUGGCUUGCUUGUUCAAAGUAGUAUGUAACCAAAUAAACAGUUGUGUACAAUCAGCCUGGGAUAGUGCCUCCCUAUGUAAACAAGCAUACAAACUCCGAUUGCCGCCAUGACCAGAACACCAGAUGCACAGUAAAGCAGUGCGUAUGUAAAGGGAAGUAACUGCGUGCUGUAUUUGGAUUGCAUUGUUUUUAAGUAUAAGGAUUUAAAAAAAAAAUUAAAUGAAAAUAAAAACGAAACAUGCUGCAGAGAAGCAAGACUAUUAUUUUUUUUAAGCCUUAGAUAUCAGUUGUAAGAUAUGUGAAAUAACUGUAUAAAUAGUAAUAUGUUGAGUACAGUAAACCACGGUUAUAACGAACUCGAAGGGACCACUAAUUUUACUUCGUAAUAACCGUAGUUCGUUUUAAGCAUAUAUACGACAUUUAUACAACAAAUGGUCGGGACUGAAAAAUAAGUUCGUUAUAUCAGUCAGUUCGCUAUAUGCGUGUUCGUUAUAACCGUAGUUUACUGUAGUAAGCCUAAUUAUUGGCCCAAGAAUCCUUUUUUAUUGUGUGAGUGAGGUCAAGGCUAUGACUUGUUUUUACGACUUGGAAACGUGAAAACCCUGUGUAGAAACACCCAUCUUACGAUGACCGGGUUACGUGUUCACCCCCUCCAGAUGAAGUGGUACUCUUUAAUCCGACAUCGGUUUGUACUGUUUGUCAUGCACUGUGUGUGUGUAAAGAGCUUGUAGAUACAGGGGUAUGUUACCUGGCCUCCAGGCCUGGAAGUGUGUAUGUAUGAGACUUCUGUAGCACUGUGGUAGUCACAGUGUAUUUGUUAUGUACAUAGAAUUCAGAGUGACACUUUGUUGUAGUCAUCUUAGUGUACAGAUGUCCGCCCAGCCCCGCCUCUUCCCCCCUGGACCCGCCUCUUCCCUCCUGGAUUCGCCUCUUCCCUCCUGGACCUGCCUCUUCCUUCCUGGACCCUCCUUGACCCCUGCCUAGUCCCUCCUGGACCUGCCCCUUCCCUGUUUGACCUUACCUUUUCCAACUGGACCGCGCUCUUCCCUCACCCCACGACAAAAAUAUGUCCUGGUCACGCCCUUAGACAAACCUUCUGCCCUGGCCAUAGCCCUCGAUAAACCUGCCCUGACCCCACCCACUAUGCCCCGCUGUCCUGACCCCGCCCACUAUCCUGACCCCACCCACUAUGCUACACUAUCCUGACCCCACCCACUAUGCCCCGCUGUCCUGACCCCACCCACUAUGCCUCCACUGUCCUGACCCAACCCACUAUGCCCCGCUGUCCUGACCCCACCAACUAUGCCCCGCUGUCCUGACUCCACCCACUAUGCCUCCACUGUCCUGACCCAACCCACUAUGCCCCGCUGUCCUGACCCCACCCACUAUGCUACGCUAUCCUGACUCCACCCACUAUGCCUCCACUGUCCUGACUCCACCAACUAUGCCCCGCUGCCCUGACUCCACCCACUAUGCUAUGUUAUCCUGACCCCACCCACUAUGCCCGGCUGUCCUGACUCCACCCCUUAUGCCUCCACUGUCCUGACCCCACCCACUAUGCCUCCACUGUCCUGACCCCCACCCACUAUGCCCCGCUGUCCUGACCCCCACCCACUAUGCCCCGCUGUCCUGACUCCACCCACUAUGCCCCGCUGCCCUGACUCCACCCACUAUGCCACACUAUCCUGACCCCACCCACUAUGCCCCGCUGUCCUGACCCCACAGACUAUGCCCUGCUGUCCUGACCCCACCCACUAUGCCUCCACUGUCCUGACCCAACCCACUAUGCCCCGCUGUCCUGACCCCACCCACUAUGCCCCGCUGUCCUGACCCCACAGACUAUGCCCUGCUGUCCUGACCCCACCCACUAUGCCUCCACUGUCCUGACCCAACCCUCUAUGCCCCGCUGUCCUGACUCCACCCACUAUGCCCCGCUGUCCUGACCCCACCCACUAUGCUACGCUAUCCUGACUCCACCCACUAUGCCUCCACUGUCCUGACCCCACUGUCCUGACCCCACCCACUAUGCCCCACUGUCCUGACUCCACCAACUAUGCCUCCACUGUCCUGACUCCACCCACUAUGCCCCCACUGUCCUGCCCCCUUGUGGUAGUUGUUGCUAUUUAUCAUGUGUGUAGAAUGUGGUUCGUGCAAACAGCUGCUGUGAUAAUGUUGUGACCAUAAUCCUGGAUGAAGUCUCACGACUAGUGCUGGAGUUCAACAUUCAAGUCAUUCUGACAACCUGUAUAACUGUCACAUUAUCAGAUAAUCAAUGCUGCUCUGCUGUAUAGCACUGUUUGAGAGACUUCCUUCACUGUUCCCAGACUCGUCCAGAAAGGGAUAUUGGUCCUGCUUCCUGUCUGCAUGCAUUACUUCCCCACUAGAUGUCACUGUUGUAGCAAGAGGCUAUGUUAUGCAGUCUACACACAUGCAACCUUAAGUGUUAGAUGGUGUAAUUUAGUAGACAUAAUAUAUGUAUGUAUGAGGCUAGUGUGUAAGAUAUAUCUCCUGCUAAGGGAGGUAACUUGCUUUUUCUCCUGGAAAGGGAGAUAACUUGUUUUUUCUCCUAGAAAGGGAGAUAACUUCUUUCCCAAGGUCACUGUGUGAUACUGCUCUUAGCCCUGUGGGCCCUGAUCUGCUUUAAUACCUGUAUCCAUGUUCUCACACACCAAUGUGGCAAUUUAUUCACACAGAUUCUGUGAAUGGUCAUUUUCUCACACACAUGUAUGAUGGUUUAUUCGCACAGAUUCUGGUCAAAAGUUUACAGCUUGUUCUCAGAAUCCGUGACAGUCAAUUCUGGUCUCCAAAUCUGUUACUGUAAAUGAAUACAGGUUGUAUGUAUGUAACUGAUUGGGUGACCACUUGGUAUCAGUGAUGAAUGUACAUCAAGGAUACUCUUGAUUAUGUAACGAUCAUGUAGGAUAUGAUUAUAAUAUGAUCAUUAGGGACUGGUCACUUAUUAUAGGAGGUUUCGGGGCAGGGGAUGAGAUUGGAGGGGUUGGGUGUUUGCCAAAAUUUAUCAAGGGGGUUUGGGGAGGGGCAUUAAAAAAAUUUCUUGGGUGUGUGUGAUAAAUGUUACAUAAAAUAGGAUAAAUAUAUUGUUUCCAAAGACCAAUCCCCAUCCUCCAUUAAUAAAAUGACCAGUCUGUUGUGAUUUCUGCCAUUGUAAAGAAAUGGACUAUGAAAUGUAAGUCUUAAAUCCAUUACUAGACCGCUGUAAGCAGCUGUAUCAUGACACUAUUGACAUUGAACAGUUCAUAAGUAGUUGAUAUAUUGUCGUAUCAACUGCCACAUUUCUACGCUAGUCGAUUCGUGUGGGAUCCAGUGACAAACCUCGAUAUUAUUCUAUGUCAGUGUAGCCCUGUAUGGUGGUAAUGUUGUGUUUUAUGUUAACCAAUAUUUGCCAAAUUUGAUACCAUUCAUGUUUGCUGAAGAAAUACUUAUGGCAUCUCUCUAUGGGAGAUAACUCCAGUCAUCAAAAAUAUCAUUGUGUGACGUUAUGCAAGUUCCUGUGUGAUAUCACACAUAUCAUACUGGUUUGCUGCCUUUUUUAGCAUCAGAAAAAUAUUACAAUCUGUAUGAAUUGUAAUAACAGGAGAUUUGCAAAGUGAUUUUUUAUAAGCUCCUGACUGAGUGGAAUUGAAUUGCCCUUGAUUUUACAGGUAUUAUAUGAUUUGGCAUUAUGGAAUGAACUUCCUAGAUACUGAGAGACUUGCGGGUCAUUUGUAUACUCUUCAACAUCUGUAAGGAAGCAGUCUGACCAUGAACAUGCUGAUCCCUAGCAUAUGUUGAGUAGUAUAGUCACUAUUUGGUUGCCUUAUAUUUCCUGGACACACUCUCUGUGCAUAAGGGACAAAGCUCCUUGAAUGUGGAGCUAUCACUCAGCACAUCUGUAUAUAGCUGCAUGUUGUGUCAUUUCCAUUGCCUGUUCAUAGUCCAACUGUUCAUAGUCCAACUGUAUCAAUCACACAAACUGAGUGGUGGAAGCUGGAUUCACCUUGCGGGUUAUGCUGAAGACAUCUGCUUGCUGUGUAUUAAAAUACAAGAGCUGUCUAUGCAAGGACUUGUACACUCCUACUCCAAGGUUCCUGAUAGCCAGGUUAUGGGAAUUCAGACCUUUGAGCUUCAAUUCUGACAUUGAGAAAUUUGUUUGCCCUAUCGAUGAGAUGAUGUUGACGUCAUCAGAAAAGUCAGGAUAUAUAUUUUGACAAAAAUGGUGUUCACCGAAUGAGCAGAGCUCAGAAUGUGAAGCUGGUCUCCCACACUCAGCACUGAUAUUCCGGAUAUGCUUGGUAUGUUCAGUCCUACUGGAGAGUACGAAGAGACUCAUGGUAUGCACCACACACAGCUACUAAUGUGCAUGUUGAUUCCCGAUGUGUUCCAGCCACUGCUACAGUUAUGGAGAGGUUCUUGGUAUGCUCCAAGCACUGUUAUGGGUAUUCAAGGAGGUUCUUGGUAUAUUCCAUGCACUGCUACAGGUACACAAGGAGGUUCUUGGUAUGUUCCAAGCACUGCUAUGGGUAUUCAAGAAGGUUCUUGAUAUGCUCCGAGCACUGCUACAGUUAUUGAGAGGUUCUUGGUAUGCUCCAAGCACUGAGACAGGUAUAAAGGAUCAUGGUAUGCCCUAAGCACUGCUAUGGGUAUACAAGGAGAUUCUUGAUAUACUCCAAGCACUGCUACAGUUAUUGAGAGGUUCUUGGUAUGCUCCAAGCACUGCUAGGGGUAUAUUAGGUUCCUGGUAUGAUCCAAGCAUGGGUCUACAAGGUUCCUGGUAUGCUACAUGCUACAUUGAUAUUCCUGAUAUGCUUUAAGCACUGCUAUGGAUGUAUACAAGGAGAGUCCUUGUGUAUCCCAAUCACAGCUAUUGGAAUAUGGGAGGACAUUCCUUUAUGUAUCCUGUAAUGAGCUUGGAUUAAUGAUUUGACCCUGGCACAAGUGUUCGUGUAAAUGAAUUGAUUCCAGAUAAACCCCAUACACAGCUACUGGUGAAUAUGAGGAGAUUCACACUAUAUCCAAUACACAGUUACUGGUGCGUAUGAAAAGAUUCUCGAUUAUUCCACGCAGCUACUGGUGUAUACAAAGAAUUUCUCACUAUAUCCAAUACACAGUUUCUGGUGUAUAUGAGAUGAUUAUUGAUAUGUCCCACACAACUACUGGUAUAUGCGAGGACAUCCUUGCUAUAUCCCUCAUAUCCACCAAAACCUGAGUUACCAGUGUAUGUGAUGUACGAAUGUCUGUAAGCUUCUGGUUUGACCUGUACCACGUGGUGGCCCAUGCAAGUCCAGCCUGUUUAUGUAGUGUGUGCUGCCUGAUCGUCAAGGUGUCAAGCAAUAUAUGGUCCCUGAGGGAAAACUUGUUAAUGAGUAAAUUCAUCACAUGUA